AUGGUUGUGGGGAAGUCUAAUAUAAUACUGCAGUCGAGACAUUUAUCUUCUACUUCAACAUGUUUAAGAUUUAAUAGAAGAGCAACAAUGGAUAAGACUGUAUUGUUGAAAGAAGCUAAACAGUUUUUUGGACCAACUAAUGUCAAAGGUGAUCAUUGUAAAAACAAAUUUUUUUAUCCAUCCCAAAACAAUAGACCAAAUUAUAUAGUGAAUGAUGGGAAACCUUUGGUUGGUGAUCAAUUUCCAACCAAAAGACCAGGAAGAAGUUAUAAUAAUAGAGAAAGAAACCCUACAAUACAUCCUUUCCCUAAUAAUACUUACACGAAAACAGCAUAUUUAAUACCAGAAAAUAUAAAGGAUAAAAUGGUUGAAGACGCAACUACUAAUGGAUUACAUCCUCAAGAAAUUGCUCAUAAAUAUAGUAUCAAUCUUUUAAGAGUAGAAGCAAUUUUGAAAUUAAGAGAAAUUGAAAGCAAAUAUGUUCCAGAUGAAAAUAUUGCUCAAGAUUUAAACCGAUAUGCUGCCAUUAUGAAGCGUAUGUUCCCAUUAUUCAAAGGUGGGUAUAGUGCUGAUAACUUGACGGAAAUUCCAACUCCUCAUAAAACAUUACAAGAUCGAUUUUUGACCAUUGAAGAAUCUGAACCUUUUGGUCCAGUUGAUGCUGCUAGAAUAUUGAAAUUAGAACCUGCUGAAGAUACAUUGAAGAAAUUAACUGAAUUUGAUGUUGAACAAGCUAAAGCUCAACAAGAAGAAUUGGAUAGAAAGAAAGUUGAUGUAAUUUAUGGUAAGAGAAGAGAAGGAGAAAAAUCAUUAUUCAAAUUCACUAUGAAAGAAGUUGGUAAUUUUGGUCAUCGUUAUGGUGCCUCUAGAAGAGAUAGAAAGAAAGAUAGAGCAAUUGGUUUUGACGCUUCUGGUAAGAUGAUCUAUCUCCACCCUGAACAAUAA